CAAGAUGGCUCCUCAUAUAAAAACAGUCUUCUGGGUUGCCCUCAGCGUGCAACUAAAUAACUCUUUAAAUCUUAUCAGGUUGAAGUAUUUAUCCGCGAGCAGUGCUGAAGGGUGAAUUGAGCUUCGGGUUGAUUAUAUUUGGGGAUUUCUCGACGGCUGCGUACCGGCAGGGACAACUUUGACGGCUUCAAAUUGGCUGUGAAGUGGCUCUCCUCGGUGGACUGGGGUUCGGGAGAAGCACACAGCACCGGGCCUCGGCUAGAUAGCGUUGGGGGAAAGUUUCAAAUUACUCUCAGCCUGUUGAAUGCUGGAGGUGGAAGUUGGCAUAAUAACCGACAAUGGCUGUAUCGAGACUUGACCGGUUGUUUAUCCUGCUUGACACCGGAACAACACCCGUAACCAGGAAAGCAGCAGCACAGCAGCUUGGGGAAGUCGUCAAACUUCACCCACAUGAACUCAAUAACCUCUUAUCAAAGGUCUUGACAUAUCUAAGGAGUCCCAACUGGGACACACGUAUAGCAGCCGGCCAAGCAGUGGAAGCCAUUGUGAAGAAUAUUCCUGAGUGGAAUCCGACUCCCAAACCCAAAGAAGAGUCUUGUGAAGACCUGUCUCCAGAAGAAUCAUCUUGUGACCGGUUGAGUUUCUAUCAUUUUGACAUCUCCCGCUUACUCAAACACGGGGCGUCUCUGCUGGGAUCUGCUGGGGCUGAGUUUGAACAGCAGGAUGACAAAACUGGUGAAAUGGAUCCCAAGGAACGCCUUGCCCGUCAGAGGAAGCUCCUUCAGAAGAAGCUGGGUCUGGACAUGGGAGCUGCCAUUGGUAUGAAUACAGAGGAGCUGUUCAAUGACGAGGACCUUGACUAUACCUGUCAAACAAGUACGCUCAAAGGCAAAGCCGCGGCUGGAUCCAGCUCCCGCAACCAUGUGCCCAUGCAAGCUGCUGAAUUGAUCGACUCUGAGUUCCGGUCUGGCAUGAGCAGUCGUCAGAAGAAUAAGGCCAAGAGGAUGGCUAAACUAGUGGCAAAACAAAGAUCCAGAGACGUGGAUUCUAACGAAAAGAGUAAUGACAGUUUUGAAGGUGAACCUGAGGAGAAGCGAAGGAAAACCACCAAUGUAGUCAUUGACCAACCAGCAACAGAGAGUAAAGUCUUAAUCGACAACGUUCCAGAUAACUCAAGUCAGUUAGAAGAGAUUCAGGAGUGGCCUCUGGAGAGCUUCUGUGAAGAACUCUGCAAUGACCUCUUCAAUCCCUCAUGGGAGAUUCGGCACGGUGCAGGCACAGGGCUUAGAGAAAUCAUCAAGUCCCACGGGGCCAGCGGUGGGAAGCUGGUGGGGAGCACUGCAGAACAGAUGCUGCGACAGCAUCAGGAGUGGAUAGAGGACCUGGUCAUCCGGUUGCUCUGUGUCUUUGCUCUGGAUCGCUUUGGAGAUUUUGUAUCUGAUGAAGUGGUGGCCCCUGUCAGAGAAACGUGUGCACAGACUCUUGGCGUGGCCCUUCGCUACAUGAGUGAAACUGGUGUUUCCAUGACAGUAGAUGUCCUGCUGAAGCUGCUAAAAGAGGAUCAGUGGGAGGUCCGUCAUGGAGGCCUGCUGGGGAUCAAGUACGCUCUGGCUGUCCGUCAGGACUUGAUCGCUGUUUUACUGCCCCGGGUGCUCCCCGCCAUCACAGAAGGCUUACAGGACCUCGAUGAUGAUGUCAGGGCUGUGGCAGCUGCGGCUCUCAUCCCUGUGGUUGAAGGCUUGGUGCAGCUACUGCCAAACAAGGUACCCUUCAUAGUGAACACGCUAUGGGAUGCUCUUUUGGACCUGGAUGAUCUCACAGCUUCCACCAACAGUAUUAUGACUUUGUUGUCCUCGCUGCUAACUUAUCCACAGGUCCGACAAUGCAGCAUGCAACAGUCAUUAACCGUCCUGGUUCCUCGAGUUUGGCCGUUCUUGAGACACACGAUAUCAUCAGUGCGAAGGGCAGCGCUCGAAACUCUCUUCACGCUGCUCUCUAAAGCCGACCAGAGUUGUGCAGUGUGGAUCAAUCCAAUCCUACAAGACAUGCUACGGCACAUCUUCCAGUCCUGCAUAUUGGAGAGCAGUGAGGAAAUUCUUGAACUAAUCCAAAAGGUGUGGAUGGAGCUGCUGUCUCAGGCCCCCCAGCAGUACGUGGUUGCAGCCAGCUGUCCAUGGAUGGGCGCAUGGCUCUGUCUCAUGAUGCAGGCCUCUCACAUUCCUAUAGACCUGAACAUGCUGCUGGAGGUGAAGGCACGCUCCAAGGACAAGGCUGGUGCAAAGGCACGUCUGGGGAACAAUCAGGUGAAGGAAACGGUUCAAGAAUAUAUCGCCGGUGCCGAGACGGUGACGGAUGAGCCAGGGACAAGGGACUAUGUUGUAGUUCGUGCUCGCCUCAUGGCUGCCAAAUUGCUGGGGGCUCUGUGUCGAUGUAUCUGUGACCCUCAGCUCAAUGCUGCAUCUCAGGAGAUCCGACCAGCUGAGUCCUUGGGCCAGCUAUUGCUCUUCCACCUCAACUCCAAGUCUGCCCUGCAGCGCAUAGCGGUGUCGCUGGUGCUUUGUGAGUGGGCUGCAUUGCAGAAGUCGUUUCAGGAUUGUCAGGUGGUGUCCUCCAUGGUGCAGCCCCGUCUCCUGGCCAUUCUGUCUGAACAGCUGUACUACGAUGAGAUUGCCAUCCCCUUCACGCGCAUGCAGAACGAGUGCAAGCAGCUAAUCGCACUGCUCGCCGAAUCCCAGAUAGACCUUCAAGACCGCCUCAACUGUAGCGUUUUCACUAUUGACCAAGCCAACGAACUGGUAACCACCAUCUUCACGGAGUCCACGGCGGGUCUGAAUGUCAAGUCCAAACAGUGGCAGGCGCUGGACAGCAAACGACAGCAGGCUCAAGCAACAGUGAUGGAGACCAGCGCCGAAUGGCAGCAGCUGCAUCUGCGUGUCCACAUGUUUACAGCCUGCGCGGUGAUUAACCUGCAAGUUCUUCCCGAUAAACUGAACCCUCUGGUCAGGCCUUUGAUGGAGGCCAUCAAGAGGGAGGAGAACACCCUGAUCCAGGGUUACGCUGCUGCUUUUAUAGCCAAACUGCUGCAGCAGUGUGCCGGGCGCUCGCCGUGUCCGAACACCAAGAUUAUCAAAAACCUCUGUGCCUCCGCUUGCGUAGAUUCAGGCGUCACACCCUCAUCUGCUUGCCCCGUCCCCCCCACUCAGGAAAAUGCAAAAGGAGGUGGGUUGGACAAAGAUGGCAUGCAUCACAUGGUCAACAAAACGAGAGGUAUCAUCACCCUGUACCGUCAUCAAAGGGCUGCGUUUGCCAUCACCAGUAAGAGGGGGCCAGCCCCUAGAGCCCCAAAGGCCCCCACCACAGAGCUGCCUCCUGGCAGCACCCUCAGCACUGAUAAUGAUGAGAGCAAGAAGCCUUUUCUCAUUCAGAGACGAGGAGCAGAGUUCUCCCUGACAACUGUUGCCAGGCACUUUGGUGCUGAUCUCACCAAGUCGUUGCCGUACCUCUGGGAGCACACGGUGGGACCGCUCAGGACAGUGGCGACAGAAAGUCAGUGCAUUGAUAGGCACGCUCAGCUGGAGAGGGGAGACGCUGCUGCUCAGGAACUGGUCAACUCUCUGCAAGUGCUGGAAGUCAUGGCUGGAGCCAUGUCUGCUGAACUCAAACCUUUGUUAAUGGAGCACCUGCCCCAUCUGUUCACCUGCUUGCAGCACCCAUACACAGCUGUGCGUCACAUGGCAGCGCGCUGUGUGGGUGUGCUCAGUAAGAUAGCCACACUGGAGACCAUGAGCAGUUUCCUGGAGUGUGUUCUCCCCUGGUUGGCAGCUAUUGAAGACUGCACCAAACAGGAGGGCGCCAUCGAGGCGUUAGCCUGUAUCAUGGAGCAGCUUGACGUGGACAUUGUUCCCUACAUCGUGCUGCUUGUAGUACCUGUUCUGGGACGUAUGAGCGAUCCCAGUGACAGCAUUCGUUUCAUGGCCACACAGUGCUUUGCUACACUCAUCCGCCUGCUGCCUCUGGAGGCAGGUAUACCAGACCCUCCCGCCAUGUCUGCUGACUUGAUCCGCCAGAAAGCCAGAGAACGCCACUUCCUGGAGCAGCUGCUCGAUGGCAGGAAGUUGGAGAACUAUAAGAUCCCUGUGCCCAUUAAAGCUGAGCUCAGGAAGUAUCAGCAGGAUGGAGUGAACUGGCUGUCCUUCCUGAACAAAUACAAGCUGCAUGGGAUCCUGUGUGAUGACAUGGGUCUCGGCAAGACGCUGCAGUCCAUCUGCAUUCUGGCAGGCGACCACUACCUCAGGGCACAGGAGUAUGCCAAGACAAAAGCUGCAGACUGCAGCCCCAUGCCCUCUCUAGUGGUGUGUCCUCCCACACUAACUGGUCACUGGGUGGACGAAGUUGGCAAGUUCUGCACCAAAGAGUACCUCAACCCACUGCACUACACGGGGCCUCCUACGGAAAGGAUGCGGCUGCAACACCAAGUGAAAAAACACAAUCUUAUAGUAGCCUCAUACGAUGUUGUACGAAAUGACAUUGACUUUUUUAGAAAUAUAAAAUUUAAUUACUGCAUCCUCGAUGAGGGUCACGUCAUCAAGAACGGGAAGACCAAACUUUCCAAAGCCAUUAAACAGUUGGCCGCCAACUUUCGAGUCAUCUUGUCAGGAACGCCCAUUCAGAACAACGUCCUUGAGCUCUGGUCGUUGUUUGACUUCCUCAUGCCGGGCUUCCUCGGGACAGAAAGGCAGUUCGCAGCCCGCUACGGUAAACCCAUCCUCGCCAGCCGAGACGCUAAAAGCUCCUCGCGGGAACAGGAGGCGGGCGUCCUGGCGAUGGAGGCCCUGCAUCGACAGGUGUUACCCUUCCUUCUGAGGAGGAUGAAGGAGGAUGUCCUUCAGGACCUUCCUCCUAAAAUCAUUCAGGACUAUUACUGCAACCUGAGCCCUCUGCAGGUUCAACUAUAUGAAGACUUUGCAAAGUCUAGAGCCAAGGCUGGUGUGGAGGACAGCAUCUCCAUGGCAUCAACGGAGGAGGAGGAAAAGCCUAAACUGAAGGCUACAGGCCACGUGUUCCAGGCGCUGCAGUACCUGCGAAAGCUGUGCAACCACCCGAGCUUGGUCUUGACCUCCCAGCAUCCAGAGUACAAGCGCAUCACAGAGCAGCUGGCCAGUCAGAACUCCAGCCUGCGGGACAUUCAACAUGCACCCAAACUCUCUGCUCUCAAACAGUUGCUGCUGGACUGUGGUCUCGGCGGCGGUGGAGGAUCAGAGGGGGGCACUGAGGCGGUGGUGGCCCAGCACCGUGUGCUCAUUUUCUGCCAGCUGAAGAGCAUGCUGGACAUCGUGGAGCAUGACUUGCUGAAACCCAAACUUCCCACCGUCUCCUACCUGAGGCUGGACGGCAGCGUGCAGGCCGGCCUGCGCCACUCCAUCGUCUCCAGGUUUAACAACGACCCAUCCAUUGAUGUGCUGCUGCUGACCACACAUGUCGGAGGUCUGGGCUUGAAUCUAACCGGGGCAGAUACCGUGGUGUUUGUGGAACAUGACUGGAACCCCAUGAGGGACCUGCAGGCCAUGGAUCGCGCCCACAGGAUAGGACAGAAACGGGUGGUGAACGUGUACAGGCUGAUCACACGGGGCACGCUGGAGGAGAAGAUAAUGGGGCUGCAGAAAUUCAAGAUGAGCAUCGCCAACACCAUCAUCAGCCAAGAGAACACGAGCCUGCAGAGCAUGGGCACGGACCAGCUCCUCACCCUCUUCACCCUGGACAAGGAGGGUGAGAAGGGCGAGCAGUCCCAGUCGACGUCGGGGAAGGCCUCCAUGAAGUCGGUGCUGGACGGCCUGGGAGAGCUGUGGGACCAGCAGCAGUACGACACCGAGUACAACCUGGACAGCUUCAUGCACUCCCUGCAGUAGCACCGCACCACCCCCCGCCCCGCCCAGCCUCCAUCAGUCGCCUCGUACGCUGGCCAAGCAGGACCUGGUCAGAGGUGCGAGGAGCCCCCUACUGCUGCAUUCACCUACCACCACCCCCCCUCCCCAUGACACGUUAAACAAGAUAACUAUGGCUAAUAGUUAGCUAUAGCUAAAACAGCUGAGAUAAGAAGCAAAUAUAAAUAUUUUAUUCUUCUACAGGUCAUAAGUCUUUUCUUUCCCAUAAUUCCUUGUUGAGUGUAAAGCCCCCCCCUCCUCCCCCCGCCUUCAGAAACCACUGAGACAAUAAAUUAGGUUCCGCCAUAAACAGCUCCAGUGUUAGUACAGUUGUAAUCUGCAGUUACCACAACCCUGCUGCUCGCCUCAGCUCACACUGUAUCAUAAUUCUACUUAUUCUUUAUAGUUACAGCAGCAGGUGCUUCUUUUACAGCCCCCGACCCCCCCUCAUCCGUCUGUCUCUCUUAUAUUACCAGAGUAUUCAGUGUUAACUGCUUCAGAUAGAAAGUCUUAACUUCACUGCAAAGCCCCGUCCACACCUGCCAGCGCCUCUCUCUGACUGAUGGUUACAAACAUGUUUUUGUAUGACAAAGAGAAGGAGGGGAGAGUGUGACAACAACAAGCCACAGGAUGUCAUCACACUACUGGCUUUUUAUAGCACACCGCUGACUGCUCGGCACAGGAGGAGGAGUUUGUGCCACCGAAAAGUUGGCUCCUGUCCUCCAGACGCAACCCUAGGACAAUCUUUUUUUUUUUUUUCUCCACAUAACCUGCGGCCGACAAAGAGACUUCGAUGAACCGGAUUCCUCCUUUGUGUCCAGCUCCGCCAUGAGUCACGGCAGAAAAUGUCCCAGAUGGGGGGGGGGGGGGAGCAAUGCACUUGAAGCAGCAUUACAGAGACUGAACAUGGGGCCAAGCUGAGACUGGUACCUGAAACUUGUCACAAGUAUUUUAAAGGAAAAAAAAAGAAAAACAGACUUGUACAUAUUUCUGCAGCUGCUGCUUUUUGUUUAUGAUGGUGGAAUUGUAAUAAAUUCUACGAACCUUGUAACUACCAGUCUUUAUUUAUUUGUCUGUGAACUGCCAGCAGAUGGUGUGAUUGUACAUCCAGGAGUGGGAAUAUUAACUGCAAGUGUCAGAGUGGUUUAAUUCUGGCAUAAGGAAAACAAAUAUGGAUUUGUGACGGCUUAAUAAUUCUUUAACAGAUCUUUGCUAUCGCGGAUAAUGUGAGUAGCUUGUUUUGUCUGCUUGUGUUUGCCGUUGUAGACAACAUGUGCCCAGAAAAGUUGAAAUUAUAUGGCAGGAAAGAAAGAAAAUGCAAAUUAUAGCUUAAGGAAAGUCUGCUUUUACUCUCCUGUUUGAACUUAAGUGUCUGAAUUGUUUUUAAGAAAACAAAUGUUCUCAGUGUAAGUCUUCUGCAAUCAUACGUUUGCAAAAAAAAUCCUUAAAACCAUAUGAACUCGGACGAAGUGGCCAAGAUCAUGCUGGACAGAGAUGGAGGGGGAUCACAGUGCAAAGGGACCACAAGGUUUCACAGGGUCGUACAACUACGUUUUAAUGAGAUUAGCUUAUUAGUACAGAAAGAAGAAAACUGAAGGUUGGAACUACAGACUCUGAAGCGGCAGGUAAGCAUUAGCCUCCUUUGUUUUCAAAUCAAAGUUGUACUGCAAAAAAAGUAUUCUAGAAAACCAAGAUCCAAGUCAACAAUCCCCAAAGCCUCGCCAAGGUGGAACAAGUGUUCAAGUCAGAAAAGGGAAAAACAAACACUUUUUUUUUUUUUUGUUUAAAAAGGAGGAUGUUUGUGAACAACCAGCAACAUGACGACACCGACGUUGUUAACCUACCCAGAGAAUAAAGCAGAGUGAAUACAGUAUAAACUACCCAAGUCUAAAUACACGAAAUACAUGUGCGUUUCUAUAGAGAGUAAUAUAUUGUUUAGGCAUAAAUAUUUUUGUUGAAGUGAAACAGAAACUUAAAAUAGAAAAGGCGAGGGGAUGGAUUAAUAUUCGGUGGUGACUAACACCUGAAACCUCUGAAGCUCGGGCGAUGGAAACAUGUCGGACUAGUUACCGGGGAGGGAGGUGGUUGGCGUUGGCUUCAUUUAAGCUGAUAGAAAAGGCCAGACAGAAAUUAAGCUGGGACUAAAGAAUUAAUUUGAUAUUUUCAGUAUCGAUAACUCCCUGAAACUGGUUCCUUAAGCCAAUUGAAAUCCUGCUCACUUGCCACUUCAUUAAGUACACUUGUGAAAACCUGAGCUUCAGGAAUGUUACCGUAUUGAAUAUUUGUUUCACAUAAUUCAGAGCUGUUGAUUUAUUAUUUUUUUAGGCUGUGGUUUGUACAGCUAUUUAAUCGUUUUAUGUUGUACUGACACGUUUCUAUUAUUUUUGCAGCCCUAUUUUAGUCACAGGGAGAGGCUACUCAUUAGUAACACCUGAUUACCCAUUAUGCCCUCUUCAAAUUGACUACACACACCUUCGUGGCAAAAAUUUAGACGUACAAAGCAGGCGUAAAAUCCCCCUUAUUUUUCUCCACAAAUCUCUUAAGCAACUUCAGACUUGCCAAGAGUUUUAUAAGUGCCAGCCUGAAAAUAUUAAUUAUUAUAUGAAUGUGAUUAGUACGGAAGAGGAUUAGGGCCACAUUUAGAGCAAAUCAUUUUAUAUAAGUUUUAUUUUGUUUUAGUUCUCAAAAUUCUGACUUUUCUAAGAAAAACUUUGAUUUAAGUAAAAAUUCUGAGAUUAAAGUCAGAACUAAAAAAAUAAUAAUAAUAAUCUGUGGCCCUAAUCCUCUCCCAUAUAUUAAAGUUUUGGAUAUAUCAAAGAUUAGCAAUAAAAUUGAUUUGUGUUCGUUUGAACGUGUAUAAUUUUGCCAUGAAGGCGUCCAAAGGGCGCAAAAUACAUCAUGAGAGUAAACGACACUGGAUUUCAAAAGAGUUACUGCAGAAAUUUAUGCCACAAGCUGUAACACAGCCAAAGUGAUCACCAAAUGAAAAGAAUUUACAAAAACAGAAUAAACUGUUCAACUGCAUCCUCAAAAAUUAACAUCCAGUUGAAUUAGCGCCUUUCUGAGGUGCCAUUUCAACGUAAACUGAAUGUUAAUAAAGUAGCCAUGAAGCUAAGGUUUAGCGCAGGGCUGUUACGUUGGAACGCACUAGUUUUCACUAGUGACUCUAAUGAAGUGGCAAGUGAGUGGUAAGUUAAUUAGAGAAGUGUUGUUAGAUUUGGCCACAGCCACGCCAGUUGGUUCCCAGUCUUCACGCUAAGCUAACUAGCAAAAAGCUUCUUACUGGGAAACCAACGAGAACCUUUUAGCUUAGCCCGGCGUAGCAUUAGCGACUUGGCUUGGCCUCGUCCAAAAAUAUGCACGCGGCCGCCUGUGAAGCUCACUUAUCGACACACGACCCCCUCCCCCCCUUUCUUGUGCACAAAAAUGGAAAAACUAUUUUUAGGUACUAAGCUAAGCUAACAGGCUUGAAGCUUUACAGAUAGCAAAUGGACAGGGUCAAAGUAUUCCUUCUCCGAAAUCAAAAGCGGGAAGGGGGAAAUGUGUGGUUUCGGAAACUUAAAUAAGAAAAUACAUUAAAAAUAAAAGACACUUGAGACCAUCGCCUGCUGUGAGGACCUCUGUACCUCUGUAUUUUACAGUGCAUCUCUACAUUUACAUUCACACUUAAAUACAAUCACGCUGUAGUGCUCUGCAGGGACCGAACCAGCUGCAAAGAGAAGGACGUGACUCUUCUUUAGGAGAAGCUGUUGAAUAUUUCACACAGGGUAUGGGAGUAAGUGAGGACCAGUCAUUGUAGCGGUAAUUGUUGUGUACUGGAGUAGCAGAGGCAAUGUUAAGUGGUCAGCGGUGUCGCCCAAUGUCCACAAUUACACCAUGACAUACUGCAUGUACGCUCCAUUCUGCACUUUUUAUUUUAUUGCCCAUUCAUUUGUUUACAUUGCGAAUCACUUGAACAUCACCAACCACCAAUCUGCUUCUUUGUGACUAGUUAUAUAUAUAUAUAUAUUUAUAUAUAUAUUUAUUUUUUUCUCCGUAGAUCAUUUUCACACUAAUGUAAGCGACAUCAGCGAGUUAACACAUAAAGCUUAGCAUUUCAAGAAACGAGACACUUUAGUAACAAUAUUACAAAGGUUUUUUUCUUUUCAGCUUCAAAAAUAAAAGUGAACAAAAAAACGUGAAAAAAAUAAACUUUUUAAAGAAUUAGCAUCAUAAAAUUAAUUUAUUCCAAGUAAAAAUACAAAAUAAUAUUAAUGACAUUGACCAGAUAUGAAAGUCUCCCCCAGAAAUAACUAUUAAUGGUUGAGAAAUAAGAGGAGAAAAAAAAAUAAUAAUAAUAUGAAAUAAAAAUGUAAAUAUGUUUAAAUUCUUUUCUUUUUUUAGCAAAAAACUUUCUAAAAAAUAAUGAAAAUUUCUCAGUACAAAGGCUACAUUACUACUGGAAGGUACUAGCAGGUAGAGUAGGUAAAUACACAGUAGAAAAUGAUUUUAGUGAAUCACAAUGCUUGCAAUGAAAAUAAUUCUGCAAUAAAGAUUUAUGCCUCUUUUUUCUUGUUUUCUUCUUUUCUACAAACAGUACAAACAGUAUUGCACAUUACAACAAAGAAUCAAGGUUCUUAGCCUUAAAAAAACGGGACUAAUUCAAGUCUUGCGUGAAUAGAAGGCCACCAGUCAAUUGAUGCACCUUGGGGGCUUUAGGUCAAGUUACAGGUGAAAACACUUGUGUUUGCUUUGUGUUAAAAAGAACAUUCUCGUCUCUCUACCUCCAGCCGUCCAGUGACUCUCACAAGUCUCUCUUAUGUUUUUUUUGUUUUUUUCCUCCCAGGCUAACGAAUCAGGGCUGCUUUAUUUUAUUUUUAUAUUUUUUUUUAUUAUUUUUUCCCCAUUUUUUUUUUCGUACAAAACAAAAGGGAGCACACACACUUUUAGGAAACAUAAAAAACUUUUCUUAAAAAAAUAACGAACAGAAGAUUUCUUUCCCAACUCUGGUCAGCAUAGUAAAUGAUUGACUAUAAAUAUACAAAAAGGUGGGAAAUAUGUUUUUUUUUCCUUUUUUUUUUUUUUUUUUUUCAAACUCUCAGAGCACCUGAUAUUUGAUUUCCUAAAGAGCUCCUUUUACCUCUCCUCCUUUUAAUGUUUUGGCCAAUUCGACCAGUGGGACACUUGCACCAGCUUCCACCGUGAUAAAGUAGACCGUACUCCCGCUAACUACGUCAUUAUAUUAGUUAUAAAGCUCUAGCUCCUUCAGUUGUUGUCUUUUUCAAAAAAAUAAAUUCUUAAAAUAAAAGCAAAAAAAAAAUAAAAAUAAGAUAAAAGCAUGAUAAAAAUAAAAAAAAUCAACCAUCUGUUAAAUCAUUUCUCUUGAAGAGUUAAAUUAAUAUAUAUUUUUUUUCAUCUGAAUAAACUCACUUAGAAAAUAUCUGUUUCUCUCCUAAUAUAUUUCAAAAUUGAGGUAUUGCAAAAGAUCUUGUCAGUCAGAAAGCACGCUUUGUCGUCUUUUUUUUUUUUUUUUGUCUCUUAACAAAAACAACCGCUGACUGUUGAAAACUGUUUCAGAUACAAAGAGUAGUGCAUAACAAAUAUCUAUCAUAGAGAAGGAACAAACAUAGAAAACCUGUCUGGGUGGGGAAAGAAAUGUCACAAAAACACCCAGGAUUCACUUUCAUAGGGAUAUAUACGUAUUAUUACUCAUGGUUAGCCUGUUGUUGUUGUUUUUUUUUCUAUCAGUACAAAAGUAUCUUCUGCUGAGUUUCAAUUAGCUUUUUUCUUGGACAAGAAACGAACAAAUACGUGUAUCUUAGAGCGGAGGAAAAAAAAACAGUUUACGACUAAAACGAGAAAGAGGAGAGGGACUGCGGGGGGCGCUGUCACGGGACAAUCGCAACUCACGGGCACAUUGGAAGAAGGGAAAAGGGGAGGGCACGUAUUAACUCGCAAUGAUGUAGGAUCCCGUUUAGGAUUGUCCACAAAACUGCUAAAACCAGUGUAACUUGCCCCCCCCACCCAACCCCCCACCCACUCAUCUAACCCCGCCUCCAAACCAGAGCCACUCUGCCUCCAACACUUAAAGUCCCCAUGAAUAAUUAAAUUCCGCAAUUGCACGUGAUAUAAGUUUGUGGUUUUACAGUGACAAAAAAAAAAUAUUUUCUGUAAUUUGUAAAUAAAAUAAAAAUGUUGAUGAUGAUGACUCAUCCUGCACUAGUGGGCGUGUACUAAGUUUUAAUUGUUACGUUCCUUCCCCCUGCUUUUGGUUCACGUACGGGGUACUUCCUGAUCAGGCCGCCGGAGCUGACCAAUCAGAGCUUUACCGUGAGAAAUGGGGCGUGGCUUUCUGAGACUAGCAACUAGCGCGGUGCUAGCAAACUUCAUGGGGACUUUAAGUUGCCAUUCACUCAACUGCCGCCCACCCCGGUUUCAACUGCACCCCCAUUUACCUUUUGAUAAAAAUAAAAAAUAUACAUGUCCACCAUUUUUUUUUUUCGUUAGCAGGUUCAUUACUUCAAGCUUUGCAGGAAAAGAAAGUCUGGAUAGAUGUGGUAACCCCCCCCCCCCAGCUCGCACAACUGCAUGUUCUGCAUGGCAACGUCGUUCCUCCCGUUAUCCCUAACCCAACCCACCCCCCACCCCAUCCAUUUUUUUGUGAGAGCGUGUGCAGGGCUCAGUUUAUCAACCUCAAGUCUCCAGUAGAUUCAAUGUUUCGUCCCAAACGGCGCCCGCCCCCGAUUCCUUUUCUCCUUUUUUAAAAUUUCAUUCCUCACUUUUAAACCGACUGCGCCGCCGUACCGUGUCAGGGUGGCCGUUCAUUCCGUGUGUCUGUGUGUGCGCGUUGUCUGUCGAACGCCGAAAACACGUGAGCUCUUUGGUUGCAUUCUGGGACGUAAACGUGGGCUUUUGUCAAAUAAUCUAUAGUUUUUUUGUUUUUUCCUUUUAAAAGAGAGAGAUCUCAGUUUAAGCUCACAGCUGUUUCGCGUCCUCUCCUCGGGUCAGGCUCGGUGUUUGUAGGCCUGUUUGUGUGCGUUAAGAAAGACAGCCGUCCUUAUGUGUGUGUGUGUUUGUGUGUGUGGUGUACUGGUGCAAGUGUGUGUACAAGAGAACAUAUAUAUAUAUGUGUGUGCAUACACUAGUUAUGAAGUUUCACAGGACUUCUAUGUCGGACAUUGACGACAGUUAAAGCGAAUCACAGUUCUAGGCAUACUCAGACCUAACUACAUACGGUAUAAAAAAUUGCACAAUUAUAUCAACAAUCACUGCAAAAAAGUACUUCACCUAUCAUAGACAUUUGUAAAUGGUAAAUCCUACAUUUAAUUUGAUUUCGUGAUUAUUAAGGUUUUUUUUUCUCUUUUUUUUUUAACCCUCCCGUCCAGAUGCGUUCACUGCCCCGUGUUUUUUUUUAUUUUAUUUUUUUUGUGCAGGAACCCUCCGCACGGUUCCUCCGACCGGUCUCCCCCCGUGUUUCUGUCCAGUUCCGUGCGAGUCGAACGUACGUACUAUAGUGUGUUUGUGCAAACGUGGGCAGAAUCGGGUAGUAAGACAUGAUAUCGAAAACUCUAUUGCAUGCAGCAACCUGAUUGAAAUAAACAUGCAGUUAGGGGCGACCCACCCCGACCCCCCAAAAAAAAAAAAAAAAAAGUUAGCCGCCGCCGUUGCCCUUACGACGGCUCGUCUCUGUAAAAACACCAGGUGCUUCUUCUCUACAUCUGUUAUUUUUUUGUUUUUACACCCUAGCCUGAAUAAAGUACGUAUGGUAUCCGUUUAUACCAUGGAUUUAGCAGCAAAGCUAUUGCAGCAUUACAUUUACAUUUAAAAAAAAAAAAAAAAAAAAAUGUUAUUAUAAAAA